GGGCGACAGCGUCGGCACCUCUCCCUCCUUCCGCAUCGCCGGCACUAGUUGCCAUCGCCGCUGGUGGGCGGUGUGAUUGCGAAAGUAGAAAAGCAGGAUGCUCAUUGCUGCGAGUUGUUUUCUUCGCAUUCAAUGAACGUUGUCUGGCCACCAAAUACUAACUACGUUUCCUGACAGAAAAAUGAAGUGAGCGAGCGCCGUCCCUGAAGAUGUGAGUGUAAGGAGUGGAGUGAGAGAACGCGGAGUGCAAGUGAAACACACAGACUGGCUGCACGCAACUGAACUGACUCAGCCUUGUUUUGUAAAAUGGUGCUGUUUUCUGUGACAUCACGAGGGGGAAGAAAGAUUACUUCUGAUCGCUAUAAAUAUAUCCACAUCUGAUGAUUUCCAAUUUGAACCAACUCCCACGGCAGGCUGUGACAGGUUGCUGUGUAUGCAGACAUUUCAGAAGGUAAUUGUAAAUCAACAAGGUUGGAGUGAGACUGAAGUUGCCACCGGGCCGUCAUCCUCUGAGGCCAGUAGCAGUAUCAUGGACUGGUUGAACGACAUCCAUUUGGAGCAGUACACUGACAAUUUCAAGCAGUCUGGCUACUGCACUGUGAAGGACUGUGGGCACUUGAACAAUGAGAUCCUCCUUAAAAUUGGGGUUACUCCAACAGGACACCGGAAAAGGAUACUCAAACAUUUGCGCCGUUUACUUUCUGAAGCUGUUGAGUCGAAAGUGUCCAGGUGCUCUCCCAAGUUGUUGUCCAGAGGUACAAAAUUGGAAAGAAGUCCACCCAAGGAUGAGGUUGACAACAACGUCUCCAAACUGAGAACUAUCUUUACUGAAGAUGAUUUGAACUUGAACCCAAUACACCCAGUGAGCAUCAGAUGUAUUAACUCUAAAAACAAAACUUUGACUUGCCAACUGCAGCAGGUUGAAACGCAGGAGAAAUGUUUGGUUAGUAGAAACCAUAAAAUGUUUGGUUCGGAGACUGACAGUGCCUGCAGUAAUCCAUGUGAACCACAAGAUGAUGUGGCUAGCAGGCCGCCACUUCCACCACGGGUCCGUCAAGGAACUCCGCCUCACAAGUUUACAGGAGACACGAUGUCACUGCCUUCUGAUUAUGUUGAUUCCUUACAUUUUCCCUUCACAAGUGAGCAGUCCACAUCUGCAGAAACUAAAUGUGCACCGACCAGUCCACCGGACUCUCCUCUCUUUGAAUUUCAAGGCGAAAUGAUCCUGAACGAUUUCUAUGAUGGAAUGCUGGGCACUUCAGAGCAAGUUACUUCAUGUCCCAUGACGCCACUUGAUCUUCGACACAAGCCAGUACCACAGCUCCCAAGUUUGUGUAAAGCACAAGGAGUUGUCCUAGAUGCUACAGACAACAGUUCCUUACUGAAAAGGAGAAACCUCAAUCUCGCGCACAUCCCCAGUGGUGACAAUCUGCAAAAUCCUUCGUGGGCUGAUGCGUUAGGAUCUGAUAGAGAUGAGCCCUCUCCUAUCACCCCAUAUGGUGAAACAUUCCUCGACCCCAAAUCUGAAGGUUACCAGAUAUUAAGAAAGCUACCUGGUAUGGAUACAUCCGCAAAGUGGUGCAAUGAUGUGAGGAACUGUCAGGGUGCAAAUUUGGAUGUGGAAGGUGCUAGGCUACCAGUAUCACACUCUGACUAUUGCUCUGUAGAGGAAAAAUCUGAAGUAGAAUAUUCCACGGUCGAUGACAGUAUUUGCUACCAGAGGUCGUCUGCUCCGGCACUGCCUAAAGACUGUUGCAGCAUUCAAGUAGCAAGUGAUUACCGGGAGGGUCAUUCGUCACCCUCUGGUUGCACAGAAGAAUCUGCUUAUGGGGAAGUCAAUGAAGAUGAGGAAUCAAUAUCACCCUACGCUUGCUUCUAUGGUGUAACAAAGAAAUCAAAAGAAGGUUGGCUGGAUAAACUCUCACCACAAGGGAAUUGCGUAUUCCAGAAACGGUGGGUUAGGUUUGAUGGAGAUAAUUUAUCAUACCACAACAAUGAGAAGGAAAUGUACUCAAAGGGAAUAAUUCCACUGUCCUCAAUAAAAUCGGCACAUCGAUUGGGAGACAACAAAUUUGAGGUGGUUUCCUCCAACAGGACUUUUACUUUCAGGGUUGAAAAAGAAGGCGACAGAGAUGACUGGAUUGACACAAUUUUAAAUGCAUUGAAAUCAGACUCCAGUGUCCCUUCACACCCGAAUAAUCAGUCCACUGCUACAGCUGACAAGUACGGGUCUCUGGAACUAAGGGGCCACAAAGCCAAAGUUUUUGUUGUAUUGCGAGGCAGCAAGGUUUGGCUUUAUAAAAGUGAACAGGAUUUUAAAGGUGGAGUUGGUAUUACAAUGGUACACACAAACGUGGCAACAGUCAAAGACAUUGAUCGUAAAUGCUUUGAAUUAUCUACUCCAUUCCGAAACUUCAGCUUCACAGCAGAAUCGGAGCGGGAGAAACAGGAAUGGAUUGAAGCUAUGCAAGGAUCAAUAGCGGAAAGCCUCUCAGAUUAUGAAGUGGUGGAGAAGAUCUGGUUCAAUGAGUCGAACAGAAACUGUGCAGAUUGUCGAGCGCCUGACCCUGAAUGGGCAUCCAUAAAUCUGGGAGUUGUCAUCUGCAAAAAAUGUGCAGGUCAGCAUCGAUCAUUGGGUUCAAAUGUUUCCAAAGUUCGUAGUCUGAAACUGGACACUAGUAUUUGGAGUAAUGAACUUGUUGAGCUCUUCAUUGUGGUGGGAAAUAAAAUGGUCAACAGCUUUUGGGCAGCAAAUCUCAAACCAAUAGAAGAGCUGGAUAUGGAUGCUCCACCAAACCAACGUCUGGAAUUCAUCACGCAAAAAUACAAAGAGGGAAGGUUUCGUAAAAGACUCUCAUCAUUUCUAACACAGGAAGACCUUAACAAGGCUUUAUGUCAAGCUGUUGUGAAACAAGAUAUCUUGGAGACUCUCUCACUUGUUUUUAGUGGGGCGGAUGUCAUGUGUGCAACAGGAGAAGCAGCUCAUUGUACUCCUUACCUGUUAGCACAGAAAGCUGGCCAACGACUGCAAAUGGAGUUUCUGUUUCACAAUAAACUCUCAGCACUUCCAAAGAUUGAUUCAUUGUCUGAGGCUGGCACUCAUUCUACUAAUUCACCAUCUACCUUUCUCUGUGGAUUCCUGUACAAGGCUGUUAACACUAACAAAACAGUAAAUGAGAAAAGGUUGAAGGAAGAUUUUAGCAAGCGAUGGUGUACCCUAGAAGGUGGAUUUCUCAGUUAUUAUGAGAGUGACAAGUCUGCCACACCAAAUGGGAGGAUUGAUAUCAGUGAGUUGGUCUGUUUGGGAGUGACCAAGUCUGAUCUUACUUGGGGUUCUGGGGUAAGCUAUACCUUUGAGAUGUAUUUGCUGUCAGAACAUGUCUUCUCCUUUGGAACUGAUAAUGUCGAAAUCCUAAAAGACUGGACUAGGGCAUUAACAAAGUGUUUCAUUCCUGAGAUGGUAGAAAUCCUGACCAAAAGAGAUUAUGAACUGAUUGGUCGACUCUAUUACAAGGAUGUGCAUAGUCUAGAAAACUGGAGAGCAGGCUGGUUUGCAUUGGAGAAAUCACAACUCUGCUUCUGCCCCGAACAAAAUGUGUCUGGAGAGGAUUCAGUCCAUCUAAAGAGGCUGCAGGAACUUACGGUCAGCAUCCAGACUAAUAAACACAAUGAGAAGAAGGUUCAGAAGGAUGUGUUGCUACUAGUGGAAAAGGGAAGAACUUUGUAUAUCCACGGUUACACAAAGCUGGAUUUCACGGCUUGGCACGAUGCCAUAAGGAAAGCAGCAGGUACAGAUGGUAAUGCACUGCGAGACCAGCAGCUCAGCAAAAAUGACAUUCCCAUCAUUGUGGACAGCUGUAUCGCGUUUGUUACACAGUAUGGACUUGGCUCUGAAGGAAUUUACCAAAAAAAUGGCACACCAUCACGUGUUAACCAGCUCCUGGAUCUAUUCAGAAAAGAUGCCAGAAACGUCAAGCUAAGAAUCAGGGAACAUCAACUGGGAGAUGUAGCGGAUGUGAUGAAGAGAUUCUUGUUCGAAAUAGAUGAUGCUCUCCUCACCAAGGAAUUAUACCCAUAUUGGUUAUCUGCAUUAGACGUGCAAGAUGAAACAGAGCGACUGGAAAAGUACAGGAUGUUAAUAAAGACACUGCCACGAGUCAACCGGACUACUCUUGCAGCACUGAUUGGUCACCUAUACAGAGUACAGAAAUGUUCAGAGAUGAAUCAGAUGAACACACACAGUUUGUCCCAAGUGUUUUCAUCCUACUUAUUCCAAACAGAAGGUCAAACCAAACACGAAGUGAAUGUUAUAGAGGAUCUUAUCAAGUUAUAUGUGCAACUCUUUGGUGUUAAUGAAGACCAAGUCAAACAGAUGGAGAUUGAAAAUAGCUUCAUCACAACUUGGAAAGAUACACAGAUUGCACAAACUGGGGAUCUCAUCCUUGAAGUAUACCUGGAGAAGAAGGAGACUGACUGUUGCUUCAUUAUUAGGGUAUCUCCGACAAUGACGGCUGGAGAGCUGACUCACUCUGUCUUAGAAAUAAAGAGCAUCGUUAUUGAGGAGAAGAUUGUUUGGGCCGCGUUUGAAGUGAUAGAGAAUGGAGACCUUGAGAGACUGUUGCACUAUCAAGAGCAUGUGCUGGAACAGGUUCUUCAGUGGAGCAUACUGCCGGAGCCUGAAUCUGCCUACUUGAUCAUAAAGCAAUUUCAAACAGCAAACGCAAUCAAAAACUACCUAGCAAAGAACAUCAAAGAUUCUGGGAAAGCAGGAACUCUGAAAUGGAGAGAAGAACCAUCAAAACUUUUAUCUGGAAAUAAAUUUCAGGACCGACAUGUAGUCUUGCAAGAUGAGAAGCUACUCCUUUACAAAGAUGCAAAGAGCAACAAACUGGAAAGAGAAGCACUUGUAAAAUCCUUGAAGUUCUACUUUGGUCUGAAAAAGAAACUGAAACCUCCAAGCUGCUGGGGAUUUACACUCUGUUCAGAAAAGCAGCAAUGGUACUUGUGCUGUGAUAAGGAGGAGACAUAUUUGGAAUGGUUGGCUAGUUUGCUCAAUGCACAGCACGAGGGUGAUCUUUGGCGAGCUGGUGGAAAGCUGCACAUUUCAUCGAUGAUGCUGGCAGCAAAGCUAGGGAGCAUGGGCAUAACUCCAAUCCAAGUAUCAACCACUGGAAAGAAAAUGGAACAAAUACAAAAGGAUGCCAGGAAGUUGAAUCUGAAUGAUCUCCUUCAUCAGCCAAGCCGUGAGUAUACCCAUGGGAAAUCACAUCACUUGGCUGCCUGCCUAGAACGCUCAGGGAUUUUAUCUGCCAACGGACAAGAGCUAAAUAAGCGCAUUUUACGACCAGGUCAAGCUACUGGAGCACAAAGUGACACAAAGUUAAGACUCCGCCAAGGAUUACAGUGUCCAGGUCAAGCAGAAGUGACUCUUAAUAAAAUGUAUUUUGGAACUGAUACAAAACUUCAUUCAAAACUCAUGCACGAGCUGAACACAGUCUUUCUAAAAAGUAAUCCUCCAUCAAAGCAUGAAUGAAGUGCGUCAUCUUUUAAGAUAUGGAUGGAGAGACCUUCUACUGUGAAGACAUCAUAUGGAUAUUAAAUGGAGAUUUCAUCAAUUUAAGACAUUGAUAAUGAGGUGACUCAUAAUUAGGCCACUUACAUAAGUAAAAGAGCUUGGAUCUACUAUAUAUUAAAAGCCACACUGAAUCGGUACAAAUACUCAAAGAACAAUUCUGUGGGUGCACUUGAAAUCUUGUCACAUGCAUCAUUACUAAUGGUUGACUUAGAUUCAGUAAUAUAAUUUAAUAUUCACAGCAUUUACAAAGAAGGAACGAGACUCAAUUUUGCUUUUUCCUACUCAGAAAUUCAAUACGUGGAGGUACAGUAAAUAAUAUUGAUUGAUCACAAUCUGUGAACAAUGAUUAAUUUACUUGGUGUCUUCCGUAUUGGUAGUGGAUUACGGUGGUGAUUGUUUUUCUGCUUAGCAGUAGAAUUCACCAGAGUUCCUCUUCUCCAUUGUCCUAUGUUAUGUCAAUAAAGGGAUAUUUCUGGUUUAAUGUGCCCUACUGUAACAUUAUCACUGCAUUGUCACUUGUAGAAUACACUGCAUGUAUCUUAAAUAAAGCAGAUAACAAUGGUACUGAUUAAUCUCUGGGGACUAUCUCCCUAAAACUAUGGCAUGCUGAUGGCACGUCCAUAUCUAAUAUGUUGGCCUGAAAACUGGAGUACUUUACAACAAUAGGAAUAGAUAUCGGAAAAAGCAUAAAACUCAUCAGCGAUGACCUAGAAAUUCAUCAAAUGAAAAUAUUUAUUGAUGCGUUUAUUGAUUCCCAAAUUGCUCUUGGCAAUGGCAAAGUUUAAAACUGUAGUGCAUUAAAGCAGGAAACAAUCAAACACCAUUAAGGCAGCUGAAUGAAUCGAAUUGCUGGGCCUGGCAGGCUAAAAUGAUCUGAAAUUGCUCUACUUUAUGCAGUUCGUUGUGCUCAUAAUGUUUAUUGGAAAUUCCAUUUAUUUUUCAAGCACCACUGAAACUGCAGCACCGGAACGCUCUUGCACUAGGCUUUCAUUCUCCAGUGUUUUCCAAUUUCCUGCACCUUUUAAUAUUUAUUUUCCUGUCUCCUGCAGCACCAAAAAAGGCACACUAAAGCCAUGUUUGAUCAGCUACUGGGAUUAUCAGUUAAUGUUGUGAAAACUAUAUUUUUCAUUCUUCUGGUGAUUGUGUUUUAUUUGAUUAACUCCGAAAGCAAAUUUGUUAGACUAGCCAGCAUUAAUUUUAUGACUUGCAUCAGAGAACUUCUUGGCCAUGGUCAAGGAAGCAAAGAUAAAUGUGAAAUUCCUGUGUCCUUUUGACAAGCAUAAGUCACAUAUAAAGUCAUACAGUGUGGAAACAGGCCCUUCGGCCCAACUUGCCCACACCGGCCAACAUGCCCAAGUUACAAUAGCUACACCUGCCUGCGCUUGGUCCAUAUCCCUCAAAAUCCAUCUUAUCCAUGUACCUGUCUAACUGUUUCUUCAACAAUGGGAUAGUUCCAGCCUCAACAACCCCCUCUGUUCCAUACACCUACCACCCUUUGUAUGAAAAAGUUACCCCUUGGAUUCCAAUUAAAUCUUUUCCCCUUCAUCUUGAACCUAUGUCCUCUGGUCCUCGAUUCCCCUACUUUGGGCAAAAGACUCUGUGCAUCUAUCCGAUCUAUUCCUCUCAUGAUUUUGUACACCUCUACAAGAUCACCCCUCAUCCUCCUGCGCUCCAAGGAAUAGAGCCCCAGCCUACUCAACCUCUCCCUAUAGCUCACACCCUUUAGCCCUGACAACAUCCUCGUAAAUCUUUUCUGAACCCUUUCAAGAUUGACAAUAUCUUUCCUAUAUCAUGGUGCCCAGAACUGAACAUAAUACUCAAAAUGCAGUCUCACCAAAAUCUUAUACAACUACAACAUGACCUGCCAACUUCUAUAUUCAAUACUCUGACUGAUGAAGGGCAAUGUGCCAAAUAUCUUUUUGACCAACUUAUCUACCUGCAACUCGACCUUCAAGGAAUCAUGCACCUGUACUCCUAGAUCCCUUUGCUCUACAACACUACCCAGAGGCCUACCAUUUACUGUGUAGGUCCUGCCCUUGUUAGAUUUCCCAAAAUGCAACACCUCACACUUCUCUGUAUUAAAUUCCAUCAACCAUUCCUCAGCCCACCUGGCCAAUUGAUCCAGAUCCUGCUGAAAUCUUUCACAACCAUCUUCACCAUCUGUAAAACCACUCACUUUUGUCUCAUCAGCAAACUUGCUACUCUGGCCCUGUAUGUUCUCAUCUAAACCAUUGAUGUAGAUGACAAACAGUUACGGGCCCAGCACCAAACCCUGAGGCACACCACUAGUAACAGGCCUCCAGUCGGAGAAGCAACCUUUCACCAUCACCCUCUGCUUCCUUCCAUGGAGUCAAUUUGCUACCCAUUCUGCUAUCUCUCCUUGGAAUCCAUGUAAUCUAACCUUGUCUUUUGUAUGCUCAAUAUGCUUUUGAACCAUAUCUGGACUAUAUGUGGAAAUGUGAUUGUUUAAGACUCAAUUUUAUGAGAGCUUUUAUUUAAAAAAAAAGCAUUUUAAUGAGGAUAUAAGGAACUGCAGAUGCUGGUUUACAAAAAAAGACACAACGUGCUGGAGUGGGUCAGGCAGCAUCUCUGUGGAACGUGGAUAGGUAAUGUUUUCAAUCAGGACACUUUCUUAGACUGAUCAUAGGGGGGGAACCAAAACCAGGAAGAGAGGAGGGGCUGGACAAAUCCUGGCAGGUUUAAACAGAUA